AUGGUGACAACUAGCUCAAAUAUUACGAAGAGUGGCCUUGAUAAUGGCUUGGAGCAGAAUGUAGGCCCUAUAAAUGGCAGCUUGUGGAAUGCUUGGCGCCAAAGAGUUGAGGCUGUUAGGGACUUAAGAUUUUCCUUGGAUGGGGCUGUUGUUGAAAAUGAUUUGGUCCAGAUACCAGAGACAAGUUGUGAUAAUGUUGCUGAACGUGACUUCUUACCGACUCAGGGGGACCUAGAUGCAGCAGGUUACACAAUUAAAGAAGCAGUUGCACUCUCAAGAAGCACGAUUCCAGGACAACGGGCCCUUGCACUGCAUCUCCUUGCAUCUGUGCUUCAUAAGGCAUUACAUAACAUUUAUCUCAAUCCAGUUGGCUCUACUCUGGUCAAUAAUAACAAAGUUGACAGUGCCGUUGACUGGGAAGCUCUUUGGGCUUUUGCACUCGGUCCAGAACCUGAGCUCAUCUUAUCGUUAAGGAUGUCUCUUGAUGAUAACCACAAUUCUGUUGUUUUAGCAAGUGCCAAAGCUAUUCAAUGCAUAUUGAGCUGUGAUUUAAAUGAGAACUUCUUUGAUUUCUUGGAGAAAACGUCAAUUGAUGCAAAGGAUACUUAUACUGCUCCUAUAUUUCAAAGUAAACGAGAGAUUGAUGUUGGUUUCCUUCAUGGUGGGUAUUGGAAAUAUAGUGCUAAACCUUCAAAUAUUCUUCUUUGUGGUGAUGAUAUUGUGGAAGAUGAGACUGAAGGGAUGCAAACAAUUCAGGAUGAUAUUGUUGUUGCGGGACAGAUUUUGCUGCAGAUAGAACCAGCAGCACCUCUGGAAGAAUGCAUGAUUUCAAUACUUAUUGCGAUAGCAAGACAUUCCCCAAUGUGUGCAAAUGUAAUAAUGCAAUGCCAAAGACUAGUUCAAACUGUUGUCCACCGAUUUACUGCAAAUAACAAUGUGGGGGUUUAUCCCUCUAAGAUCAAAUCUGUUUGCCUUUUGAAGGUGCUGGCACAGUCUGACCGGAAGAACUGUGGGCAGUUCAUAGAGAAUGGGAUUUUCCAGGCUAUGACAUGGCAUUUGUAUCAAAUUACGUACUUUCUUGAACAAUGGUUGAAGUUGGGGAGAGAAAACUGUAAACUUUCAUCUGCCUUAAUGGUUGAACAACUACAUUUUUGGGAGGUCUGCAUUCAGAAUGGGUACGGUGUCUCAUACUUCUCCAAUAUUUUUCCUGCUUUGUGCUUGUGGUUGAAUCCCCCUACUAUUGAAAAACUGGUAGAGAACAAUGUUUUAAGUGAAUAUGCUGCCAUCUCUGAGGAGGCAUACCUUGUUCUAGAAUCUCUGGCCAGAACACUUCCGAAUUUUUAUUCACAGAAGUGUCUAAGUGAUAGAAUAGCUGAAGGAGCUGAUGAUAAUAUGGAGACGUGGUCUUGGAGCCAUGUUGGUCCUAUGGUUGAUUUAGCCAUGAAGUGGAUAUCAUUUAAGUCUAGCUUGAUUGAUUCUCAGAAUGGAAUGAAGGGAAACUCUGUUUUCUGUGAUAAAUCUUUCUCUCCUUUUUUGUGGGUGUACUCAGCUGUUAUGCACAUGCUUUCCAGAGUGCUUGAAAGAGUGAUCCCUGAGGACACCAUCGGCCUGCAAGAAGACGGUGGUCAUAUGCCAUGUUUGCCAGAUUUUGUUCCUAAGGUUGGACUUGAAAUUAUUAGAAAUGGGUUUUUGAGCUUUGAAUGUGUGAACAGUGCAGAAUAUGGAACUAACUGGGCUGGAUGUAGUUCUUUUAUUGAGCAACUCUGUUCUUCAAGGCAGCAAAGUGAAUUUGAAACAUCAUUAGCUUCUGUAUGUUGCCUUCAUGGCUUCUUCCAGGUUUUUAUUUUCAUUAACAAUUUGAUCCAGUUAGCUAAGGCUGGGGUCUGUAAUCCUUCUCAAGUACACAAUUUCUCACAAGAAGAGAACAUACUUGCAAGAGGGAUACUGAUGGAAUCUUUGUUUGAAUUGAGAUGUGUUUUCAGUAUUUUCUCAAAGUUUGUUGCAUCAGAGUGGCACUUUAUGCAGUCAGUUGAGGUCUUUGGUAGAGGAGGCCCUGCUCCUGAGGUGGGACUUGGAUGGGGUUCCUCUGGUGGAGGAUUUUGGUCAAAAACUGAUUUAUUGGCGCAAACAGAUGCACGGUUGCUGAGUCAGUUGCUUGAGAUCUUCCAGAUUGUGUCUAUAAAAGUGUUACCCCUAACUGACGAGAGGACCUUCACCUUGCAAAUGAUCCAUUCUGCUUUAGGAUUAUGCUUAAUUGCUGGGCCAAGAGACAAGGUUAUUGUGGAGAAAGCAUUGGAUGUCAUGCUUCAAGUACCUAUGUUUAAGUACCUUGAUCUCUGUAUUCAGCGUUUUAUCCAGGGUAAUGGGAGGAUGAAAUUAUAUGGGUGGGAAUAUAAAGAAGAUGACUACCAGUUCUUCAGUAAGACAUUAGCUUCUCACUUCAGAAAUAGAUGGUUGUCUAAUAAGAAAACAUUGAAAGCCCUGAGUGGUGAUAGAACAUCAAAAGGAAGUGUUUCUUUGGAAACCAUACCAGAGGACAUGGACACAUCAAAUGUGAUGUGUCAAGAUCAUAGCUCUACUUUGUUGGUAAUGGAAUGGGCUUACCAGAGACUGCCGCUUCCCAUGCACUGGUUUCUCAGUCCAAUAUCAACCCUUUGUGAUAGCAAACAUGCUGGUCUUGGAAGAGACUGUGAUAUACAAAAUUUUUUGCAGGACCCUAGUGAUAUACUUGAAGUUGCGAAAGCUGGAAUGUUUUUCCUUUUAGGUUUGGAAGCCAUUUCCACUUUCAUUUCUGAAGAUGUUGCCUCACCGGUUCAGAGUGUUCCAUUAAUCUGGAAACUGCAUUCUUUAUCCAUAAUAUUACUUAUUGGAAUGGCUGUGCUUGAAGAGGAGAAGAGUAGGGAUGUUUAUGAGUCUUUGCAAGAGCUUUAUGGACAGCUUCUUGAUAAGACAAGGUCUAAGAGAAGACCUGAAACCAUUUUGAAUAUGUCUAUUAAUUUACUACCUGAAACUGGAAAGAAAUGUGAUGUGGAAUUUCUAAGGUUUGAAACUGAGAUUCAUGAAAGUUACUCAACAUUUAUUGAUACUCUUGUCGAGCAGUAUGCUGCUGUAUCUUUUGGUGAUUUGAUCUAUGGUCGGCAAGUUGCAAAAUCAAAGAAGUUCUCAUUUAAAUCACAGCUCAAUAUGCAUUGA